AUACUGUACACACUGGGAGGGUGUAUGUUUGUACACCCGGAAGUCACCAGGUGUUACCCGGAAGUAGUUCUGUAAAGGCUUCAUGCUUCACAAAGUGCAGGGCAUAGCCUGUGCAGGAAUAGAAUCUUGACAUAAUUACACAACGUGUGUGUGUGAGAGCAGUGAUUCCUUGAUACAUUGUAUCUGUGCAUGAAAGAAAAUACAGAGCGCAUCAGGGGGGACCUAUAGUUCUGUAGACACAUGGACAUUUAGAAUAUAGAGAUAUAAAAAUAAUUGUAUUAUUGUUGGGGGGCUGUGGGGCUUUGCUUUGGAAAUCCCAUAAUAUCUGAAUUUGGGACAUCUGAAAUCGUGCAAGAUUGUGAGCAGAAAUGAUUGUGAGUAAUCUAUUGCAUUGUAUUUUGUUUAAUGAAUUAGCAAUGUGUAUGACAUUAUCUACCAGGGUCUGGGAAAUAAUCAUACUUAGACAUCUUUUUGUAUUUUCUGUACAAGAUUGUGAGUUGGGGAUAUUAAAGGUGAUUUUUUUUUUUCUUUUUAAACGAUCUUUGAGUAAUUAAGGAGUGGUGAGUUUUUUUUCCCUGUCACUUGCUUUCUUCUUUUGGAUUGAUUAUAUACUGCAAGGCAUUUUCUAUCUUAUUGAUAUGUUAGGACUGUGACAAUAACAAUUAGUUUGCAGGAUGAGGAAGGUAAGUAGCUGAUGAGUUAAAUAGCCCAGGGACAUUUUUCUUGGUGUUUAUUUACAAAAUUGUGAAUUGUAGUAAACUGGAUUAAAAUAAUUGCUAAAUUUAGACUAAAAUAGCCAAGCAGAGAAUAUUGUAAUGCUGUUAAUUAGUUUUAUUUUUUUUCAAUUUGACUAGUUUAGAUUUUUUUAUUUUUUUUUAAUGGACUGUUCGGUGAGUAAACCCCCAAAAAGGUGUUUGCAGCCCUUUCUCAGAUCUUAAUGGCUACUUAAGUGCAAGCUAAUGAUUUCAUUUCUUCAGUGGAGCUUAGGAAUGAAACUUUCAGAGACAAGAGGAUGAAUCAAUGGCCAGUAUGUAUGAUUUGAGCCUCUCAUACAUUUUCAUAGGGUGUGUGACAAGUAGUUAGUAUGUGUGUGAGUGCACUAAUACAAAAUAACUUAUAGAACUAUCAAAGUCACCUUAUCCAGAUUCAAAACUGGGACUAUCACAUACUGUACUAUUGCGGAACAGUGUAUCCUUUACUAUAGAAUUCUUAAGCUUCAUAUGAAUCACUAAUUACACCAAGAUAUAUUUUUGGGGUUAAAGUGUAAAUUGUCAGAAAAAUAAUGCAAAUAGGACUAAAUAGUCCCAACUGCAAAUUUAGCUGACUGGAGAAUUGUUUUUCUAAUUUUGCUUAACAGAUCUAUUUUCUCUUAAUUGUUCAUUGUAGCCUAUUACGUUUUAGACAGAAAAGCUAAUUUUCUAUCUUCUAGAUCCCAGAAUUAAACAAGGUUACAGUUCGUAUGAGGGAUCCUGAAAAGGUUCGUGAGAUUAUCAUGGCAUUGCAGAAAGGAGGAGAGCAAAAACUGCAGGUAUCAAAAAUAAAUUGGCGUUAUGACCAGACUUUAUUUCAUCGUCAUUUUUAUAAACGCCUUCAAUUUGUGCUAUUUUUGUACUAUGCAUUCAUAUAUUGACUUCAGUGUGUUCUGCAUAUUUUUAUAUCCAUCCAAAUCCGUUUUAUUUUGUUUGUUUUUUGCACAGGUAAAUCAGUAAUACAAAUCCAUGUUUGUGUGUUUAUCUAAUUUUGAUACUGAGAAGUCGGAUGCUUCCAUCCAGAUGUGCAUUCCGCUCGUUUCCCUCCUUUCUGUAACAGUACUAUGUCAUCUUUCAGGUCAUCUCUGACUUUGACAUGACAUUGAGCCGGUUCGGGUAUAACGGAGAGAGAUGUCCUACUUGUUAUAGUGAGUACACAAUUGUCUAAUUCUGCCGUUACUGUGAAGCUUUGAAACCUGUUGUAGGUAAUGAGAAAACUGGGCAUCUUAUGCCGUCUCUCCUAAACAGAUAUCAUCGACAACAGCAAGAUCGUAAGUGAAGAUUGCAGGAAAAAGGUAGGUUAUCAGGGAGUUUACAAAUCUGUAGCAUUCACCAAAAAGUUACAAAUCUCAGGUCCCUUCACUUGCGUUAAAUAUGUUCCUUCCCCUCACCCCCCCCCAACUAUGAAUAAAACUGCUUGGGACUGCUGAAGUACAUGCCCUUUAAACCCAUGCUGGGCUGGAGAUUAUUGGAUAUGAACAGCGCUACCAUUGAAAAUCAUUUGAAAAACAGGGUUGACACUUUAUGGAUCUUUGCAACAAAUCCAGUACAGAGAAAGAGAGUAUUUUUACAAAAUAUAUUCUCUCCAUGGAGCUUUUUAAAUACAGUGAGAGAUGGGAGAUGGCUGUCUCUCUUUUAUGUUGGCUAAUGUUGCAUAGACAGCCAAUUUUUCAAUAAACCAAAAAUAUAAAUAUUUCACUGCUAUUCAUUUUUAGAUAGAGCGCAGGCUUUCAUCCAGAUUUUGUUUUUGUUAUCUUCCUCGCUGCACCUUGCUCGCAUGCCUUCAUGUAUACGCAGUGAGGAUAUGGCAAUCUCACUGUCUUCACAAAAAAAGAUACAUGAAGGGUUAAAGAAAUGGAGCGAGAACCCAGAUUUUACCUUUCUCCCACCAUUCAUAAGCAAGUUCAGAAUUUAAACUCCCUGAAUUUAAUUUGCUUAACUUACUCUUGCAAAGAAAUCGGUAGUUUAAGGGUUUGAUUUGCAUAAAAUAUAUUCUAAAGUCAUGUCUGUAAAUGGAUGUAGACCGUCCUCCUUAUUGGGCAGUCUUUGUUUUCCCCCUCCUGGUAGACCAUAAGGAGGCUGCCUGGGGCGCCUUAGGCUUACGCCAUCCCUGUUUGGGCUCAUGAUAUUUUUCCAUGGCCAUUUAGUGGCUUCAAAAUUGCAAGGGGGAAGGCAUUUGGGCCAUAGACUGCUGACACUAAAGAAACACCCAUCUUUGACUUAUUGCAUUUUGGUAAUACCUACAUAUUGACUUUUUUAACACAGCUUAUGUAUUUAGCUCCUUCUUAGCUUGCUGAAGUAGUUAUGGUGUAAGGACCCUCUCAUUUUUUAUUUUAAAGGUCACUAUUUUUUGCAGUUGCUGGUUUUCAGUUUCUACGCAUACUCCUAACAGAAUGUGCUUUAUUUUUUUGUUUUAGGCUCUGAUUUUAUUUUUGUUAAAAUGGCUGUGACAUAAACCCAACAUCACUUUAUUUUGGGGAUUAUUCACUAAACCAUACAUUUUGGAGGAUUGCAAAUGAAAUCAUAAAUCGAAAAAUACUUUGGCAAUCAGGCAAACGGUCCUGUUAUUUCCUAGUAGUUUAGCUCAGUGGAGCAAACUCAAGAGGCAGGUAAUGGCUAAGAGCACCUACCUUGCAGGAAUCUUCUCUAUGAGCUGUAAUACAUUGGAACAUCUGUGAUUGGACAGCCACCGAGAAUAUUGGCUGGGAAAGAAGGGGUGGGAUUGCAGCAGCAGAUUCUAGAUAGACCAAAAUGAAUUUACUUCCAAAGAAGAUAUGGCAAACAAACAAUACACAUUCUUCCUUUGUGCGUGUAUCUACUUUAUUUUUUUUUUAUUUUUUUUUUUUUUAUGGAAUUAUUGUACCGACAUCACACAAAAUUGGCUACUGGUUUUCAAAUAUCUCUUAUCUUGACCAUAUUUCUCAUCAUGGACCAGCUUGAACUAUCAUGGCCCUUGUUGCAACACACUGCAAUAUAAUAUACCACAAUUUAGUGCAUUCCUGCAGUGUACAACUACUACACUAUUUGGUGUGAGAAUCUCUUUCAGCAUAAUUCAUUUUAAAAUGAUUAUACAUUCUCGAUGACCGAUUCCAAGUGUCACAUCUAAUCCUUUUGUUAUUUUAUUUUUUUUUCAGUUGAAAGAACUUUUCAACAUCUACUAUCCUCUUGAGAUUGAUCCAAAACGAACUACCCAGGAAAAAUAUCCUCUUAUGAUUGAAUGGUAAGUCCUAACCAAGAUUGUGUUUUCUUUAACAGUGUGCAACUAAAUCAUUUUUUACUAUAUACUAGCAUAGAUCUGCACGUUAACUUGCCAAUACUUACGUGUAUUUUUAAAAAGGUUAAUUUGAUAAAUGUAAUAAAAUGAAAAUAAGCAUAUUUAUUAAUAAAUAGAAAACAUUAAAGGACCACUAUAGGCACCCAGACCACUUCAGCUGAAUGAAGUGAUCUGGGUGCCAGGUCCCUCUAGUUUUAACCCUGCAGCCGAAAAGUUUUAGAGAACUGCUUUGUUUCACUGAGGGUUAAUCCAGCCUAUAGUGGCUGUCUCACUGACAGCCGCUAGAGGCGCUUCAGCGAUUCUCACUGUGAAAAGACGCUGCACGUCCAUAGGAAGUGAGAAGAUGCUUGCCGUCCAUAGGAAAGCAUUGAGAAAUGCUUUCUUUUGGGCUGUUUGAAUGUGCGCGCGGCUCUUGCCGCGCCUUUGGAUCUGAAGUCGGCAGGGGGAGGAGAGGUCACAGGCGCCGAGGGAGCCCGGCGCUGGAGAAAGGUAAGUGGCUUAAGGGUUUUAACCCUUUCAGACCAGCGGGAGGGGGGGCCCUGAUGGUGGGGGGAGACACCUAAUGACCCUAUAAGGCCAGGAAAAUUAGUUUGUUUUCCUGGCACUAUAGUGGUCCUUUAAACAUUUCCAUAGGUUUUAAACAAGUCAGUUCAGCUUGAAACUGCAACCUGUUCAUAAAUAUUACAGUUGUUCAAUGAUACAAUUGGAAGCAUUUAGUAGGUUAUUUUGUUUAGAACUAUAAGAAGACUUAUAAGAAGGCUAUAAUUCUGACUUUAUAAAAAAAAAAAAAAAAAUCAGCUGUGUUCUGUGAUUUAAUUUGCUCAUAGCUAAUCUAAGCCCCAUAGGGAAACUUAGGGUCUCACACCAAUAGCCUACUAUUGGAAUAUGACAGCUAUCUCUGGGUGUUACAGACCUCUCUCUUUUCCAAGGAAUAUCCUUGAUCUAAUCUUUUUAAAUUAGUUUUUCAUAUUAUUCCAAUCUGAUAUAAAAGUGAUUUAUCUACAGAGGUCACCUUAAUGGGAAUUUUUGUAGAUAAAUUAUUUGAACGUUUUUUUUUCCAACACACUGAUCAUUUGAAUAGUUUACCCAAAAGUCUUAGAACAAGGCCUGCUGCAUCCGUCUCUGGUUUUGUUAAAUCAAUACAUUUCUGCUUGCUCCCUGCAAAAGGAAUCUCCAUUUUUUUCUCCAAUGACAGUCACAUGCAUAGCUUGUUAACCUUUAUAUCUCCAGUUGAACCAAUCCACCUGCUCAGUACACCCAUGGUGAGUUCUGUUGAAUUUCGCUAUUGUGUACGUAAAUGAGUGGCUUCUAUCGUUUUUUGGUUUUUUUUGUAGCAAAACAUUGGGCAAACAUGUGUUUUCCCAUGCACAUAAAAAGGUAAUUCUACCCUUUCUCCCACGCUGUGUUGCUCUCUCCGAGGUUGAUUUAAUCUCUAUGGUUUAGAUCAUUGAUGAUCUAAGCCAUGGAUUUCCCAUAGGAAAGCAUUGGAAAGCUUGUACGCAUGAGCGGCAAAAAUGCCACACUGUGCCAAUCAGAUGGUUUCUAUGAAUCUGAGUUUUACUCUGCUUGGAUGGAAGCGCCUCUAGUUGCUGUCAGAGGCAUUUAAACCCUGUCCUGUAAACAUGUAAGCAGCUGCAGGCUCAAAACUACCGGGACAUUGAGAUGAAGUGUUGUGGGUGCCAAAAAUAAGUGGCGUCUUAAGUUAAUGCAUAUAUUGGUAACAAUGCACUGUUUCAAGUUUUGAUAUUUUCUUCUUGUCUCUAUUAGGUGGAGUAAAGCACACACUCUCCUCUGUGAGCAGAAGAUCCCGAAGGAAAAACUAGCACAAGUCGUGCAGGAGUCUCAGGCCAUGCUGAGGUACAGAGUGUACAAUAAUGUAGCACAACGGUCUGUUCUUGGACCUGUACAAACAUGGGUGGGAAGAUGAAGCAAGUGCCCCCUCCGCCCCCUGGAUUUUAGAUUUUCCUUGAUUUAAAUAUUCCUAAGAGUAAGAGUGCCUAUACACUUUAUAGCUUUGACCACCCUGGAAAUGUGUCUGCGGACAUCCAUGUGUAAAAACCCUAUUAUGUUCCUUAACCAUUCCUUCUGAUUACUACCCUAAUUAAAUUACAUAUGUUCUCGGCCCAAGCAAUUAUCUUUCGUGUUUGCUCCACUAGCAAUUACUCCUGGCUCCUUCCAUUGAUAUUGCUUCCCUGUAUUUUUUUCAGUUUUGUUUCAUUUUCUUUCAUUUUCUUUCUACUAAUUUGUUAAUAUUCAGAUUUUGUUUAUUUAUUUAUUUUAUUCUUCAAUCUCUCUUUUUCAUUUUUAACCCACGCAGUUUACUUCCUCCAACACUCCUCUGUUUUCAUUUACAAAAUGUUAUCUAGUGUCUUGUAGCCACCAUAAUGCAAGUUUCAUAUUUAAUAUUAUUAUUAUUAUAAAAUCUAAACACUUUAUCUCUGUCUGUCUCAGAGAAGGCUUCCAGGUGUUUUUUGACAGUCUUAACCGCAGCGAGAUACCUCUGUUUAUUUUUUCUGCCGGUAUUGGCGAUGUUCUUGAGGAGAUAAUCCGUCAAGCCGGCGUCUUUUAUCCCAACAUCAAAGUUGUCUCCAACUACAUGGACUUUGAUGACAAUGUGAGUAACCGGAAUACAUGUUGUUCUGUGUAUUAAGGGAUAUUUAAAAAAAAAAAAAAAAUAAGUCGACCAAGAAUGAAGACGUGAGGUCCACACAUGCCAGUUAGUAGCAGUUCCACACAUUGGAUUGCCUGUUUUUCUAUGGGUUGAAUUUUAGAACCUGUGCAGUUACUGCAAGUACAUUUUGUGAUUGCAGAAUAUAGGGGGUUAAAUUGUUUGUAAGACUGCAAUGUAUUAGUUGACAGCAUCUAUUGUAGAAAUUAACAUUUGUGAAUACUAUUUAUAUGUGAGAUGGGUGCUGGGUAUGUGAUUUGGGUAGAUGAUGCUUAAUAUUGGUGACUAAUGGGGUGUGUUGUGUGUACUGUAUGGUUUGAAGUCACAUGGCGGGUGUUGAUAUAUGUUUUAUUUGGUUAGUGUGUGCUCCACAUUGGAAUUUGUGGUAUCUGCAAAUGACAGAUGGAAUAAAUUAUAUAAUAAAAGAUUUAAGGAUGGCAUACAUGUCAAAGAAAUGAUCUAUGUGUUGUAGCCUAGCUCCUUAAAAGAAGACAAUAGGCAUCUUAAUGAAGUAGUCUGGGUGCCAUGUCUACCCCAUUUUUACCCUGCAGCUGAAACCAUUGUUUGUUUGGUUUUUUUUUUUGCUAGGUUAACCAGCCUCUAGAGCAGGCCUGUCCAACCUGCGGCCCCCUAGAUGUUGCUGAACUACAACUCCCAUGAUUCUUUCAAUGAAACAGAUAGCCAGGGAAUCAGGGAGUUGUAGUUCAGCAACAUCUGGGGGGAGGGGGGCGCAGGCUGAACAGCCCUGCUCUAGAGCCUGUCAAUAUGACAUCGAUUAGACGCACUUCCACAAAAAUAGCAGAGUAAAACUCCACUAUUUCCAUCAGAUGGUCUCAGAGAGGCGUUUUGCUACGCAUGUGCACUAGACUCCCAAUGCUUUCUUAUAGGAAAGCAUUGGAUUGGCUGAGAUCAUUAACAAUGAUGAUCUGAGCUAAGAGAUGAAGCUUCCUUGAGCAGACCAGUACUGCGAAGGAGAAAAGGUAAAAAUAUAUAGAUUUUCUAAACCUGGCGGUACUGGCCCGGUCACCUAAACGCUGACUAUGGCACAAUAGUGUUAGGAAUACGUCUUUGUAUUCCUAACACUAUAAUGUUUGUUUAAUGUGUGAAUGUCUAGUGUUCCUUUCAUGUGUGAAUGUCUGCUAGGUUUGGAUAAAAUGUAUCAAAUUCUGUAGAACAAAGUGAGCAGUUUUAUAUAACUACAGUAGAAUAUUUGUAUAUUAGUGCUGCAUAUCUAUCAGUAAAACUGGCCAAUUCCACCCCUAAAGUCCCUAAUUUCCCCUCCUAACAAAACAAACCUGUGGGAGAAAACGACUUUUAGAAAAACAGUAACUUGCUGACGUACUCUUCUCUUGUCUUAUCACACAUAGUAUGUGCUCUAAAUAUCUCAUCUGACCCUGUUACACCUCCAUUCUCAGUAACUGAAUACAUAUAAACUCAUAUAGGUUAUUUAUAAUAUUUUGCUUUGGGUUAUACACCUGUCACACUAUCUUCACUUCUGGACAUGGUAAACUUUCAUAUUUUGGCUAUUUCUGCCCAAACUUAAUAUGGCAGAGCAGAGCUCCGGCAACCACUUGUCUCUGUUUGAUUGGCUAAAGUUGUCAGCUGAUUUCUUCCAGGCAAUGAGUUAAGCCCUGCUCCGCCAGACUUAGCUCAAUGCAGAGAUCUUCCUGCUCUCAUGGAAGAGGUGACUAACGCUCAGCGGACCCCAAGUAAAAAGUCAAACUGUUAGCACUAGCAAACUGUUUGACUACUUAUAUCGGGGUGGAACCAGGGCAUUCCUGGUACCAUAUCCAGUACAGCCUUCUGUAGUGGUUAUGGUGCUUGGAAUUCUUUUGUAUGUUAUAUUAUCCAGUUUAAUAAUAUUGAUAAUUAUUUAGUCAGAAGAAAUCUCCUGAUGGUUGUUGUUGAGGACCAAGGUAAACAUCACAGUGCCGCUCACUGCUGACAUUCGAUUUGUUUCCCUUAGGGUAUCCUGAUUGGGUUCAAGGGUGAAUUGAUCCACACUUACAACAAAAACAAUACAGUUCUGAGGGACACAGAGUACUUCCAGAAGAUCAAAGACCGUACCAACAUCCUGCUUCUUGGAGAUACCUUGGGUGACUUGACUAUGGCCGAUGGAGUCGCCAGUUUGGAUAACAUCCUUAGGAUCGGCUUCCUCAAUGAUAAGGUGAGUAUAGGCUCUGAAGAUGAAACAUUUUUUGAGGCUAAUAUUUAUGCAGCAUUCAAGUAAUGAAUAAUAUUAAAAAAGUGCCGACUUUUAGUGAUCUAAGUCCUCUGUAGAAAUGUUUCCUUCUCUAAUUGAGAUUUUCACUAAUGAUGCUCCUGAGAGGGUACUACUGGCACUAGAAGCACUACAGUGGGUUGCAGUAGUUAUUGUGCUUGGACUGUUGCAUUAAAGGGACACUCCGGUCACCAUAACAAUUUCAUCCAAAUGGAGGACAAUGGGCGCACUUUUUUUUAUUUCUUUUUUUUUUAAGGGGUUAAACUGUUCUCAAACGGUUAAACUCCAAAGUGCCGAUCCUCAGGUCCCCCAGGUGGCACCUGGCUUCUGACUCUCAGUUGGGAAAGUGCCAUCAGGCAUGGAUGCCGCUGAUUGGCUUAGAGCCGUCAGGUGAAGUUCCAAGCAAAUCAGUAGCUCCCCAUUGAUAAAGGAGAAACAUACCUUAUUUUUUAUCAAUGGGGGUUCUACUGAUUGGCUUAGGGUGCCGACUGGAGGGACCUGAGGCACACUUUGGGGUUUAACCAUUUCGAAAUUGCUUAAGCCCUUAAGGUAACAGUGCACUGGGGGUGGGGGGGGGGGGUCUUGUUGUUAUGAAGACUGGAGUGUCCCUUUAACAUUUGUUACCCUUUUUUAAUGUGAUGCUCCAUUUUAACAUGCAAUUGACACCAUAAUACAGUUCAGCCAAAGCAAAGCUUUGUAUCAUUUUCCCUUUUCUCUGUAUGCAUUCUCUGUGCUGACUGCCAGGUAUCAAACGGUUCUUAAGCAGACUGUAGUGGUUAUGGUGCUUGGAGUGUUAGAAAACUAAGUAUCUCAUGAAAAGAGGUUAACAUAAGCUAUAGGUGAUUAACGUUUAAUUGAAUUAUGCAAAUUCCAGAGGAGUGAGCUAGCCUUUAUGGAUAGCUGUACUGUAAUCAAACUAAAUUGCAUUAUUUACCUUCAGCAUGCCUUGUAUGUUUUUAUGCUACAACUCUAUUCAGGUGGUGUGUAUCUAAUUUACUUAUUCAUAACUCCUCCACAGUCACAGCUUGGCAAAAGUUUAGCAUUUUCAAUUCUGUACAAGAUAGAGAUUUGCCUUCACAAAUCUAAUUAAUAAGCCCCCCAAGAUUUGUGAAGGCACGUACCACCCUUCCUGUGGUGGAAUCAGACCAUAAAAUUGGGCCAGAAUUGUGUACCUAUAUGUAAGUAUUGAAUAGUUGGCCUGCUUCUGAUCCUUACCACUACUUUUUCUCCCUGUAGGUGGAGGAGCAGACAGAACUUUUUCUACAGUCUUAUGACAUUGUACUGGUCCAAGAUGAGACACUUGAUGUAGUGAAUGGUAUCUUGAAGUACAUCAUGGCCAAGAAUUGAAUUUCUUUCACGAGAACCAAACCCGACUGUGCAGAAAUUCCUUCCUUACAAUCAGUAUAAGGAUCUUGAGAGAUAUUUUCGUUUGUGCCAAGAUCGAGAGAGAUUUUGCCACAAAGACACUUUCUUAAAUAAAAUAGAAUUUUGUGAUAUCAAUAUGUAUGGGUGUAAUAUAUCCAAUUAACCCUGCACUAGAAUGGUCUGGAAAUAAACCUGCAGUUAUCAAAAUGUACAAGAAAAGCAGACAUUCAAUAAUUCUCUGUAAAAUGUUAAACACUAUAGGGUCAGGAACACAAACAUAUAUUCCUGAUUCUAUAGUGUUAAAACCACCAACUAACCCCCCUUGCCUCCCUAAAUAUAGUAAAAUCUUACUUGUAUUAAAGUCUGCAGCUGCUUGCUCUGCCCCUUUCAGC